CUUUGUAAAUAAAAUAGAAAACAAUAAGAAUUUGUUAAAUAAUAUUGUUUAAACAUUGAGAAAUUUUGAAACCUCACAAUGCUACGAAUGCUGCAAAAGAGAACGAGCAUGAUAAAGCUCAUGGUGCCCAGACCCCGGCUGCAUCAAACUAUUGCGCAAACCACAAUAAAGGAAAUACCAACAAUUAAACAUGCUACUAUAACAAAUAGUGAGAAAACUGUGGGAAGAUGGUUUCUGGGAGUCAGCGGCAUGGUUUUUGUUGCUGUUGGACUUGGUGGUGUAACAAGAUUAACAGAGUCUGGCCUUUCUAUGGUUACCUGGAAGCUGACUGGAGAACGCAUGCCGAGAACUCAGGAAGAUUGGGUCCAAGAAUUCACCAAGUAUCAACAAUAUCCGGAAUAUAAACUGAAAAAUGCAAACAUGACGGUUGAAGAGUUCAAAUUUAUAUACCUCAUGGAGUACAUACACAGAAUGUGGGGUCGUGCCAUUGGCGGAUUCUUCCUAGUCCCGGCAGCAUAUUUCUGGAAGAAAGGAUAUUUCUGUGCAAAAACCAAGAAGAGUGUGCUAUUGCUAGGCACUCUGAUUGGUCUGCAAGGGCUAAUGGGUUGGUACAUGGUUAAAUCCGGAUUGGAGAACAGAUUCGAGGACCCAAAUGAUGUGCCGCGCGUCUCCCAAUACAGAUUGGCUUCCCAUCUGGCAGCAGCAUUUGUGUUGUACUCCCUUUCACUAUCACAAGCAAUGUCCAAGCUAUUCCCCUCGGAGCCAUUCGUGGUGAAAGCAAAGAAAGCUUUCAACAUCAAAGGACUGUCACACAUGACCAAAGGAAUGGUGUUUCUAACUGCCAUCUCUGGCGCCUUUGUGGCCGGACUUGACGCCGGAUUGGUGUACAAUUCAUUCCCGAAAAUGGGAGACAGCUGGAUACCCGACGAUAUGUGGCAGUUUAAGCCUGUGCAAAGGAACAUCACGGAAAACCCAACGACGGUUCAGUUUAAUCAUCGCAUACUGGGCAUCACCACAGUUUCCUUAGCUUCAGCCCUCUGGCUAGUCACGCGACGCAUGCAGCUGCCAAAGCGAACAAAGUGGGCAAUCAAUGCAGUGUUUGCCAUGGCGUGGACGCAGGCUACGCUGGGGGUUACGACACUACUGACCUAUGUGCCAGUACCUUUAGCGACAGCUCAUCAGUCUGGAUCGCUGGUCCUGCUUAGCUUUGCGCUGUGGCUAUCACACGAGAUUCGGUUCCUCAAGUAUUUGCCCAAGUGAAACUCCAAUGAACUGAACCGAGGGAAGCAUUUGAUUUGUUAAAUGUGUAAGUUGAUUAUUGCACUCUAAUA